AUGGCCAGGUGUUUCCCUUUCUCUUCAUCUGUGGGCCAGAGCACCCCUACUGUCUCCUCAAAGCCCUCUCCAACAUGGGAGAUCAAAGAAGAAGCUCCAGGACCUUCAGCCACCUGGAUACCUCCUAGUUCACCUCCCAGGACUCAAGGCCAAAAGAGGAAACAUUCAGACUGGAUACCCACAGGAACCCAGGACAGAUGGGCUGUGAAAGGCAUGUUUGGUCUCAAAAUGCAGCUGAAGAGACGCAGGAUGUCCCCAGUGCGGCCUGAGGAUCACAAGGCCUUCAAUAGGCUGCUAGAGGAUCCUGUUAUCCAGAACUUCCUGGCCUGGGACAGAAAACUUCAGGUGUCAGACAAGUACCUGCUAGCAAUGGUCAUAGCCUACUUUGCCCGGGCUGGCCGUCCUUCUUGGCAAUACAAGCGCCUCCAUUUCUUCCUGGCUCUCUACCUGGCCAAUGACAUGGAAGAAGAUCGCCAAGGACCAAAGCAUGACAUGUUUGCCUUUCUUUAUGGCCAAGACCACACCCAGCGUGUCAAGUUCCAGUGGCUUCGGGCCCAGCUCUUCCGGGCCAUUGGUUGGAAAGCAUGGGUUACCCGAGAAGAGUGUGAGGAGAUUCAGGCAUAUCAGCCUGAACACUGGGUAUGGAAGCGUGACCGGUCCCUCCUUCAGUAGAGAUCCCUAAUAAGGAGUCUGUUAGUAGUAUCUGGAGGCAGCUAGGCAGUCAAAGACACUGGAACAGACCAGAGAGAAAAACACAAGCAGAUCCAGGGAUACAGAGACACCCGCCUGGAGAAGCGCACUUAAAGCCUAUGCAAGUUAAACGAGAGAACUUUGCCCGAGAUGGAUGUCCAUUGUAUUACAGCACCAAGAAGUAGUCUUCCUGACUUUGCAUGAACACUUUGCAAGAAGUUCACUGCCUCACGUGGCAAACCAUUUUACUGGACAACAUGUUUCGUACAUGUUGUUACAGUCUUCAGUAACUUGUACUUAAUGUGCCAUGUCCACCAAUACUAAAGAACAUUUUACCACCUGAGGGAUAAUUUUAAUAUCAUACGAUGGGGAGCCCAGGAGGUGAGGAAGAAAGGGAAAUUGCACAGGAGCACGACAUUCUGGAGAGAAAAUAUGGCCUUUUCCCUGUUAUUGAAUAAGGCUUUUUUGGGUCUCUUCAUCAUGGCAUUGUCUGGUUUCUCAGAUUAAAUGUACUUGGUUAUUAAGCGCAUUUUAUCUUCAAAUUGAGAGAAUCAAGAUGUAUUGUAUACAUGCAAUUGAUCCAGUAUGUGCAUCUAAUAAGAAGACUUAUGGGAACCAAUGUACAUUCUGCCUAAAAACACGAAAUUCCACAAAACCAGUUCAGCCAGUCCAUUUUGGUGAAUGCUGACUUUUUUGAUUCCUUUCUGCUCAUGUCUGGCCUCAACCCUUCCCUGUUGUAUGACCUUCAAGAGAAGUAUUCUUGCCCACUUUUGCCCAGAAAGUGUCUUAUGAUUGUAACUUGAUUUAUGAAUUGAAAAAAUGUAUUCAGAUAUUGUUUCUAGGAGAGGGGCCAUUAAUACAUUUCCCAGAGACAUUCUCUUUUAGCU